CAGCUUUCCCCCCCAAAAGAGAGGCUUCCUCCAGGGGUAGUGAGCCUGCUGUCUCUGCAGGAAUACAAGCGGACACCGGGCCAUGGCUUGGCAGGGAUGCUAGAGAGAACAGAACAUUUGGUGAGGGGCAAGACGCAGCCUGCACAUGCCUCCCGACACUGAGUGCCUUCUCCACCUGCAACUCUGACUUCCCAGGCCUAGGGGCCCAAGAAUAAGGUUAUUCAACGAUAGUUAUGACCUCCCGGUUACGUGCGUUCGGUGGAAGAAUUAAUAACAUACGCACCUCAGAAUUACCCAAAGAGAAAACACGAUCUGAAGUCAUCUGCAACGUCUGCUUUCUAGAUGGCUUGGUACAGACCUUUAAAGUUAAUAAACAAGAUACUGGUCAAGUUCUCCUGGAUAUGGCUUACAACUACUUGGGCGUGACGGAAAAGGAGUAUUUUGGUUUGCAGCACAGUGAUGACUCGGUGGACUCUCCUAGAUGGCUGGAAGCAAGCAAACCCAUCAGGAAGCAGUUAAAAGGAGGUAUCCCCUGUACCCUGCAUUUUCGAGUAAGAUUUUUUAUACCUGAUCCCAACACACUGCAGCAAGAACAAACCAGGCAUUUGUAUUUCUUACAACUGAAGAUGGAUAUUUGUGAAGGAAGGUUAACCUGCCCUCUUAACUCAGCGGUGGUUCUAGCAUCCUAUGCAGUACAGUCUCAUUUUGGAGACCGUGAUUCUUCCAUUCACCCUCCGGGCUACCUUUCCAAUAGCCAGUUCAUACCGGAUCAGAAUGAGGACUUUUUAGCAAAGGUGGAGGCGCUCCAUGAGCAGCACAGUGGGCUAAAGCAAUCAGAAGCGGAAUCUUGCUUUAUCAACAUAGCACGGACCCUCGACUUCUAUGGAGUGGAGCUGCACAGUGGUAGGGAUCUGCACAGUUUAGAUCUAAUGAUUGGAAUUGCUUCUGUCGGCAUCGCUGUGUACCGAAAAUAUAUUUGCACAAGUUUCUAUCCUUGGGUGAACAUUCUAAAAAUUUCUUUCAAAAGGAAAAAAUUCUUUAUACAUCAGCGACAGAAACAGACCGAAUCCAGGGAACACAUAGUGGCCUUCAACAUGUUAAAUUACCGAUCUUGCAAAAACUUAUGGAAAUCCUGUGUCGAGCACCAUACAUUCUUUCAGGCAAAGAAGCUACUACCUCAGGAAAAGAAUGUUCUGUCUCAAUACUGGACCCUGGGCUCUAGGAACCCCAAAAAGUCUGUAAAUAACCAGUAUUGCAAAAAAGUGAUUGGAGGGAUGGUCUGGAACCCGGCCAUGCAGAGAUCUUUAUCAGUGGAACAUUUAGAAACCAAGAGUCUACCAUCUCGGUCUCCUCCUAUUACUCCCAACUGGCGAAGUCCUCGACUCCGGCACGAAAUCCGAAAGCCACGACACUCUUCCGCAGACAACCUUGUGAACGAAAUGACAUACAUCACUGAAACUGAAGAUGUGUUUUACACCUACAAGGGCUCCCUGUCCCCUAAAGACAGCGAUUCUGAGAUUUCUCAGAACCGAAGCCCACACCGAGAAGAAAUGAACUCUGUCCUGGCUUUUGUUUCCGAUGACUACCGCAUUUACAGUUCUGAAGCAUCGGCUUCUGAGGGCGAGCACCCGUUUGUCUGCUGGAGUAUAUCCGAGAACAACCCAGCACAAAGCUGCCUGACCCAGAAGUCAUCCAGUUCUGUGUCUCCAUCUUCAAAUGCUCCAGGCUCCUGUUCCCCAGAUGGCAUCGAUCAGCAGUUCUUAGAGGACUUCCACAGGGUGACCAAAGGGGGCUCCACCGAGGACUCCAGCCAGUACUACUGUGACAAGAAUGAUGGUGACGGCUACUUAGUCUUGAUCCGCAUCACACCAGAUGAAGAUGGAAAAUUUGGAUUUAAUCUAAAGGGAGGAGUGGAUCAAAAGAUGCCUCUUGUGGUAUCAAGGAUAAACCCAGAGUCACCUGCGGACACCUGCAUUCCUAAGCUGAACGAAGGGGAUCAAAUUGUGCUAAUCAACGGCCGGGACAUCUCAGAACACACCCACGACCAAGUAGUAAUGUUCAUCAAAGCCAGCCGGGAGUCGCACACACGGGAGCUGGCCCUGGUGAUCAGGAGGAAAGCCGUCCACUCGUUUGCUGAUAUCAAAUCUGAAGAUGAACUGAACCAGCUUUUCCCAGAGGCCAUUUUCCCCGUGUGUCCGGAGGGUGGGGACACGCUGGAGGGAUCCAUGGAACAGCUAAAGAAGGGCCUCGAAAGUGGGACGGUGCUCAUCCAGUUUGAGCAACUCUACAGAAAGAAGCCCGGUUUGGCCAUCACAUUUGCAAAGCUGCCUCAAAAUUUGGACAAAAACCGAUACAAAGAUGUACUGCCUUAUGACACCACCCGGGUAUUAUUGCAGAGAAACGAAGAUUAUAUUAAUGCAAGUUAUGUGAAUAUGGAAAUUCCUGCUGCUAACCUUGUGAACAAGUACAUUGCCGCUCAGGGACCCCUGCCACAUACCUGUGCACAAUUCUGGCAGGUAGUCUGGGAUCAGAAGUUGUCACUCAUCGUCAUGUUGACCACUCUCACAGAGCGAGGGCGGACCAAAUGCCACCAGUACUGGCCCUAUCCUCCCGAGGUCAUGGAACACGGCAGCUUUCACAUCCGCUGUCAGUCAGAGGACUGCACCAUCGCUUACGUGUUCCGGGAAAUGCUGGUCACGAACACCGAGACCGGAGAGGAGCACACCGUGACGCAUCUGCAGUACGUGGCAUGGCCAGACCACGGCGUUCCCGAUGACUCCUCAGACUUUCUGGAAUUUGUGAACUAUGUGAGGUCCCUGAGAGUGGAAGGUGAACCCGUCCUAGUUCACUGCAGUGCUGGGAUAGGUCGAACCGGUGUGUUGGUCACCAUGGAGACAUCCAUGUGCCUGAUCGAGAGGAACCUGCCCGUUUACCCACUGGAUAUUGUUCGGAAAAUGCGAGACCAGCGCGCCAUGAUGGUGCAGACAUCAAGCCAGUACAAGUUUGUGUGUGAAGCAAUCCUUCGUGUUUAUGAAGAAGGCUUAGUCCAAAUGCUGGAUCCCAGUUAAGACGACUGUGAAGACGUUCAUUCCUCUUUCCCAAGGGCGUCCUCCUUCUCUCUGGAAGCAGCAAGAGGAAUUUGUAGGCUGUGGGAAAGGAAUGAGCAUAUUUGAACCCAGGCACUUUAAAUUUCUAUUAAAAGAAAAAGGUAUCGUGUACAUAGGAACUGUGUAGAUAACGCAUGCGGUUGUAGCAUCCUUUAGGCCCUCACCUCCUCCGGAGAGAAAUAAGCAGAAGGGGAUCUCAGUUUGGGGCCUGUCCUAACGCCUCCCUCCUUCUCCGUCUCCAUAUUCCUGUAAACCAUCCCUGGGCAAUUGAGAAGGGGGCGCCAGCAACCCUGUUGACCUCCCAGAAACGAGAUGGUGUGGCUGCUCAGAGCUGCUUGGCUGAGUUGUGUGUAUAUGUGUAUAGGACUAAGGGCUGAGCUUUCCAUGUGUCUGGGCGGAGCUGGAACAGUCAGUGUUCACCUGCCCUGAUGCUGAUGAGGAACCCCACGAAUGUACUGAACGGCAGGGGGUGGGGUGUCAGGCCGAGGGGCAGGCGGUGCCUUUUCUGCCCUCCCUUCCUUGGUCCCAUCUCCCGGCCACUUCCAAUAUUCCCGUUUCUGAGAAUCGUGUCCAAAUGCCCUGCCUUCUCCCUGCACUAGUGACCCUCCUCCGGUUCACAGCAGUGCCUGGACCGGGCAGUGCAGGUCUCGGGUGAGUUUUCCGUUGAGACUCUGAGAACAAGGGAGCCCAGCGUUGUUCCACGUGUUCGUUUUUGGAGCGGGUGCCUCUUGCCUCCGUCUUCCUCUUGCUGUACACUCAGCGCCCAGGACUGGAAUCAUCCACUACUGAAUCUAAGACAUGGAUUGCUGCUACUUUGAGCUAUUACACUUGAAACAUUACAAUUUUCCUGAGGGGAGGUGGGAUAUCACCUAAAUAUUCAGAAUCUUCGGCCCUUCUGAGAAAAGAUCGAGUCGUUGAGCCAUGGGAAACCCAGCCUCUAGAGGGUUGCCUGUGGAGGUGUGUGUGUGUCUGUGUGUUGUGUGUGCUCCCACGGGUGAGUGUUUCUCGGGAUUCCUAACUUGAUUCAAAUUACAGUUGAGUUUAUAUAAAGAAUGAGUCUCUGUAUAGAAGAACAAAUGUGUGCAUUCACUCUUAGUUACAAUGGUCUUCGUUUCAUUUCAAAGGAGAGGAUCAGACUAUCUGAAUAUAAACACCAUUUGAUGUUAAUUUAUUCUAAGUACACCAUGAUUUUGAUUGUCCUGAAGAAUUCUGCCUUUGUUAAUACUGUGUUAAUUUUUUUUUUUAAUUUGCGACAGGAUUAUAGCAAAUUAUUAUUUAAGGAAAAUAAAUUACGUAAACAUUCUAAAGUGGUAUUUUGAAAUAGUGGUUUUAUGUAUCCAGAAGAAACAGCUAAGUAUCCAAUUUCUUAACGGGAUUUAUAGAAAAAGGAUGGUAUCAUGUUAUAGUGCACUGAAAUGAGGCCGUUUUGAUGUUUAGCAAACUGGACCAGUUGAGUAGUUUCCUGGUCACAAACUGGGUAAAAGACCUUUACGGUAGGGGCCAGGUUUCUAAAGGUUGUCUCCAGACUGAGCUUAUUUACCGCAUUCUUUACAUCUUUUCCCCACCGAUGUUUUACUGUUAAAUGGCCAGGGUGGAGGAAGGUGUUGUGCUGUGUCAUGAGCCAUACUGUGUGACAGGAGACACCGAAGCCCCAUCCUAGUCAGCAUAAUGCCAGGCUAGCAGAGUGUAGCAGCAGAGUUUGGAGCUAAGGGGUACAGGAUUUGGUUUCUGAUUCCACUCAACAGCUAGCCCUAGGCCUAGUCACUUAUGAGCUUUACCUCCACUUUCUCGUCUGUAAAAUAGGAGAAAUAAAUAAUACUGAGGACUUUGGGUUGAAUAUGAGGAUUGAAUAAGAUGAUGCUAUUCAAGUUGUCAUCAGCUGGAAUCUGACACUGCUCUGGAUGAAUUACUUUGAAAAGUUAAUUUAUCAGUGACUAGCCCCCAAAUCCAUGAAACAGAAGUAGAAUCAGCUGGGGUUUUGUAAGAGAAAAUCGCUUUUCUUCUCAAGAGAACCAAGGGCACAAAGGAGUAUCAUACAAGUACUUCUGGACUCAGAAAAUUCCAUCAGCCAGGCACCAAAAAAGAGGGAAAGCUGAAGGAGAUGUAAAUGCCAUCAGGAUAUUGAGCAAAUCAUUGCCAUUUGAUAAAAAAGGCAUCAACACCCUGUGUGUAAAAAGCUUGUGAAGUCUAAAUGAGUUUGGAGAUUUAUGUUUUAUUGUUUUUUU